AUGCCAAAGAAAGUGGAGACGGAAGGAAGAAGACGAGCUCCAAAAGGGCACUUUGUGGUUUAUGUAGGCAAUGAAAUGAAAAGGUUUGUUGUUCCGACUUCUUACUUGAAGAAUCCUAUCUUCCAGCAAUUGCUUGAUAAAGCUGCAGAGGAAUAUGGAUUUGAUAACCAAAAUGGAAUAGUUUUGCCUUGUGAUGAAUGCUCAUUCAACAGGCUCACUGCCUUCUUGGCCAAGCAUUACUCCUAG